UGACGUGGGUACACAGGAAGUGAUCGGUGUGCAUGGUGUGCCUGUGAAAGUACUGGUACAUGUUGAGAAAGCUGUUAGUUUGUGCUUGAAUUGCCUUUUUUUGGUUUGAAUGAUCAAUAUGGAUGAUGAUAUUUUAAGUCUGAAGAAACAGCUCCUGGAAAAAGAUGCGGAAAUCGCUGCUUUGAAAAACAAGCUCGAGCAAAUCCAGAAGGAUAACUCUUUACUAAUGGACUUACAAGACAAGGUAUCGCAGUUGACUCCUCUGAAAUACACUGCUUUAACCAACGAUGACAUUAUGCGGUACAGCAGGCAGCUGCUCUUGCCAGAACUCGGUGUCAAAGGUCAGAUAAGCCUUUUAAACACGUCUGUUUUGGUGGUGGGAUGUGGAGGUCUGGGCUGUCCUUUAGCUCUCUACCUUGCUGCAGCUGGAAUAGGGCGUUUGGGACUGUUGGAUUAUGACGAGGUGGAGCUGAGUAAUCUGCACAGACAGGUUCUGCACACAGAGCGGACUCAGGGUCUGUCCAAAGCCCUGUCAGCAGCACAGGUCCUACAAAGGUUAAAUUCUACAACACAGUGUGUUCCAUAUCAUCUCCAGCUCUCCUCUGAGAAUGCCUUACAACUCAUCCAACAGUAUGACAUUGUAGCUGAUUGUUCAGAUAAUGUUCCAACACGGUACCUUGUCAACGAUGCCUGUGUUCUCAGUGGCAAGCCCUUAGUGUCUGCAAGUGCUUUGAGAAUGGAAGGACAGCUCACUGUGUAUAAUUACAAUGGAGGUCCCUGCUACCGGUGUUUAUAUCCUGUUCCCCCACCACCUGAUACUGUCACAAACUGCUCUGACGGAGGAGUGUUAGGAGUGGUGGUUGGAGUCAUGGGCUGUCUUCAAGCUUUAGAGGUUCUGAAGAUUGCCUCUAGACAAAAAUCUUCUUUUGGGCAGCAACUGCUCAUGUUUGAUGCUCAGGAUGGCCGCUUUCGCUGCAUAAAGCUGAGAGCCAAGCAGGCAAGCUGUGUUGUUUGUGGAGAUAUGCCCAGUGUGACAGAGCUGCAAGACUACGAGAGCUUCUGUGGCUCUGCUGCAACAGAUAAGUGUCGUAGAUUGAAUCUCCUGUCUGCAGAACAGAGAGUCUCUGUGCAGGAGUAUAAAUCCAUUGUGGACUGUGGGACUACUCAUCUCCUACUUGACGUUCGGCCCAAAGUAGAAGUGGACAUUUGCCACCUGCCAGUUUCCAUCAAUAUUCCACUGGCCAGUUUAGAGGAUCAAAAGACAGACCACAUUAAUUUCCUUAAGGAAAAGAUCAGUGAAUUAAAAUCACAGAUGAACUCCGAGUCACAAGUCCCAGUGUUUGUUGUGUGUAAACUGGGGAAUGACUCUCAGAAGGCUGUGCUGGUGCUGGAGAAGAUGUCUGGAACUGAACUAGAGCACAUCACUGUGAAAGAUAUCACCGGAGGCUUGAUGGCCUGGGCCAAUAAGAUUGAUCCCUCUUUUCCAAAAUAUUAAUAAUCCUUAUUAUUAUUAUUAAACUUUAUUAAUUACUUCUAUUCCUUCAUCCAAAAGUAAACAUGCUAUUUUCUUGUUGAUUUUUUUUUCCUACAAAAAUGUAUAUGCAGUCUUUUGAUAUCAUGUCUGUUUAUUGGUUGGAAGAAUUUCUGGUCAUUUUAAGUGUUCAGAAUUUGAGAGGACUCUCCUUUGACAGAGCCUGACACCCACCUUAAGCAGUUUCAACCCAAUGCCAAGAAAACAGACACAGCUCUCAUUGCACUUAUAAGAGAUUGGACCAACCCACAUACCAGAUGUAGAGACACUCUCAAUGUUGGGCUUUCUCAGAAUUUUGCAAACACAUGUAGACUGGAUUAGUAGUCUCCCAUGACCUUUCACAAUGCUAUGCAUCCUCCUGAAUCCAAGGUUCUUCUAGCAUGAAAGUGCACCUGAAAAAUCUACAGGGAUUGCAUGAUGUCAACAUGGACCAGAACCUUGAAGGAAUUUUUUAUAACAUCUUGUAGAAUCCAUGCCAUGAAGAAUUGUGGCUAUUAUGAGAGCAAAGGAAGAUCUCACGCAGUAUCAGUAUAGUGUUCCUAAUAUAUAAGCGCUACGUAAGUGUAUAUAAAAAUUAUUAUUGUUUUAAUAUAGCAUGGCUUUCCUGAACAAAAAAAAACCCCCUACAGUAUCUGUAGCAGACAAUGAAGAGAAAUUAAAAAGAGCAAAAUUAUUGAUCUCAGUUCAACUGAUAUAAUUUAACUGGUUUAUGAUCACUCUCCAUUAUCUUCCAUCCUCUACACACCUGCAUGUAGGAGUGUUUAUAAACACAUGGUAGUUUUAAACAUGCUGUAACGGUAUUAAACUACAUUUAACUGCACUGAUUGCUCAAUUUCUUGCUUGGAGCCUGCACGUUGAUUUCAGUCAGGAAGCUGAAUGCGCUUCCUUGUGCUUUGUUGUAAAGUCAAGUUUGCUGCGCUUUGUCGCCACCU